UGUGUAAUGUAAGAAAACCCCACCAAUUUCUUGCCUUUCUCAUUACAAAAGCAUUAAAAUAAUACAAACAGUUUUGGUCUCAACUAUGCGUACAUUGUCAUUUUCUUGACAUAUUAAUAGAUUAAUUUCGACUGCACCCACCACCACCACCAGCUCUCUACCUAUAUGUUUAUUCAUUUAUCUUUCUUCUGUCCCCGUGUUCAAGAGUAAAAACUAAAACUCCCCUUAAAGCAUAUUCUCCUUUGCAUACACUUUAUUCAGUUUCUUUUCUUCUUCAUCAUCAUCACCAUCACCAUCAACUAUGACUUCUAUGCUGUGCUCACAAGGUAUGGUUCUUGCCACCGCUAUGGCCGUCUCCGGCACCGUAAUUCUCCUUGCUCUCCGCCUUCAAAAAUCUCUCCCCCCCUCUUUGUUGCCUAUGGAACAACAAAUCCCACAAUCUUCUCAUCAACAACAGGCUGUUCUUCGCUCUUGUAUCUCCUCAGGCAAGAAAACCAAUAAGAAGAAGAAGAAGAAGAGAGUACACUUUGCAGAAGACGUAGUGGAUCCAAGAGGGGAUGGAGAGGAGUUCAGAAGGCAGCAUGGUGCCAUUGUUGUUGCCAAGAAUUCUUCUUCUCCACCAAAAUUCAAGAAAAGUAGUGGUGCUGGUGUUAAAGCAAGAGAAAUGCCUGCAAAUAGAGUAGCUCUUUACCAUGGAAUUCUUAGAGAUCGAGUCAUUCACCGAUUGGCCUACUCCUGUUAAUUGAUUUUUCUUUUUCCCUUUUUUUCUUUUUCUGUAUAAUAUUUUGCAUUUGUUAAGUGAUUUUUAGUCCAAUAGUGUACAUGGUUAAUUAAUUUUCUCUCUUUGUAUUCUUACUUUUUCUUUUUUCUUUUACUAAUGUUACAAGUUGGUAUGAAGGGGAUGGGCCCAUAAUUCUGUACCUGUCAUUGUUUUCUGAUCAGCUAAUUGGAUAUGGAGAACUGGAGAUGAAUCCUCUUGGUAUUAUCAGUAAGAGGAUUAUGUUCUCUAAUUUUUUAGGGUAAUCUAGUUAUUGGAUUCUGUUCACAACUUAAAUUAUAAACAUCAAGAAUUUCUGGCUUUUCUUGCCCCA